AUGGCCGCCCCGCCUACAGGUACAAAACGCACACACGAGCGUGACCACGAACGCCGCGACCGUCCACGCGACUGGCGCGACGCCUUCCUCGACGACGACCGUAGCGGAAGUGGACGUGACCGCGAGCGCGAGCGUGAGCGUGGAGGAAGCUACCGUGACUCGCGCGACCGCCGUUACGAUGACCGCGACCGCGACCGCCGCGCGCACGAUGACAGGCGCGCAGGAGGAGGUGGGAGCUAUCGUGAGCGAGAGCGUGAGCGCGAGCGUGCGGGAUUCCCGCAACGUCAUGGUGACCGCGACCGUAGACACGAUGAUUCGCGCCGUGGAACCAAAGAGGAGGGCGAGAUUGAGUCACCCCCGCGUGGUGCUAGUUCCAGGUUGAGUGAACGAGACGCCCCAGCCUCACCCAGACGUCGUGACGCCCCGCCAUCACCCCGUAAGGGAUUCCAGCCCGUCACUGUUCCCAGCAGCUCGAGCACUUCCAAAUCCGCCGCACGCCCAGCGCCGCAUGUCGCGUUCCAGCAGCCUGCACCUGCCGACCUGCCCGAGCCCGAGCCAGAAGAGGACGAGGAGGAAGAUCUUGAGAAGAAGCUCGAGGAAAAGCGCAAGCGUCGUGCCGCCAUCAUGGCUCAGUUCCGCGCUGGAGAGGGUGCCAAGCCACCCCUCCCGUCAUCUCCUAUGGAGCCCCUUGGAUCCGGUGCAGACAGCGUCACCAGCAACGGUGUGCACACAGAAACUGGCACAAAUUCUUUGCUCAAGACUCUUGGCACUAGGUCGAUAACCGCUGCACUCACUCCUGUCGGCCACUCGCCGACUCUUGCGAGCACGCCUCUCGGUAAGGACUUCGACCUCGAGAAGCAUGGCGAGACCGGCCCUUCGAGUGAGGGCCAGGCGGAACAAGAUGUCUCAGCCGCCGACUAUGACUCGACUGUCGACAAUGAUAAGCGUACGAAGAAGGAAAACGGCGAGACCAAGCCUGAACGUGCUGUUGCCGCCGCCGCCCCUGCGGACGAUGAGUGGGAGGAAGUGGAGAUUGAGGUGGAGGAGGAGGCCGACGACAUGGACAUGUUCGCCGCGUUUGGUGACGAAGAGCCUGUCAAGAAGAUGCGCAAGGUCACGGUGCGCCGUCGCAAGGGCACCAACGGCGAGGUGGGCGAGAUCAUCGACAAGCCCAAGUCCAACGCCGCGGCCGUGCUCGACAUUGUGGACAACGUCGACGACGUCGAGGGCUACUACCGCUUUACGCCUGGUGAGCUGCUCGACGACGGGCGCUACCAGAUCACUGUUACCCUCGGCAAGGGCAUGUUCUCCGCCGUCGUUAAGGCCACCGUUCUCAAGGCCGUUGGGCAGGAACGCCGACAGGACGUUGUGGGCAAAGAAGUUGCCAUCAAGCUCAUGCGUUCUCAAGAGAGCAUGUACGUUGCUGGUCGCAAGGAGGCCCAAGUUCUCAAGCUCCUCAACGACGCCGAUCCCGAGGACAAGAAGCACAUUGUCCGCAUGGAGCGCACGUUUGAGCACAAGGGCCAUCUGGCCAUUGUGACGGAGAGCAUGAGCAUGAACCUUCGUGACGUCAUCAAGAGGUUUGGCAAGGACGUCGGCCUCAACAUGCGUGCCGUUCGCGCGUACUCGCACCAAAUGCUACUCGCCCUCUCGCUCAUGCGCAAGUGCAACAUCGUCCAUGCCGAUAUCAAGCCUGACAACAUUCUCGUGUCGGAGAACAAGGCUGUCCUCAAGGUUUGUGACCUGGGUACCGCCGCGGAGGUGUCCGAGGGCGAUAUUACGCCGUACCUUGUGUCGCGUUUCUACCGUGCACCAGAAAUCAUCCUCGGUCUGCCAUACGACACUGCCAUUGACAUGUGGGCGAUCGGCUGUACCCUCUUUGAGCUGUACACGGGCAAGAUCCUUUUCCCCGGCCGGUCGAACAACCACAUGCUCCUGCUCAUGAUGGAAGUCAAGGGCAAGAUCCCCGUGCGCCUGAUCAAGAAGGCGUCGCUCAAGGACCACUUUGACGAGAACAACAAUUUCAUUUCCAUCGAGACGGACCGCAUCACCGGCGCAGAGGUCGUCAAGACUACGGUCAUUACCAAGGCCUCACGCGACCUGCGCUCGCGCCUCAUGCCGCACUCGAGCGUCAUGGCCAGGAUGCACCAGGACGAGCUCAAGCAGCUGCAGCAUUUCGUCGACUUGCUCGACAAGUGUCUCCAGCUGGAUCCUGUGCGCCGCAUUUCGCCCAGGGAGGCGCUGCUCCACCCCUUCGUCACUGGUACGCAGUAG